UGGCCCCUCUCUCAAUAUAAACACCGCCGGGAGUUUCCGAAAAAUCACAUUCAGCCGUCAAGACUGAACAAUGGUUAACAUGAGCUAUCACCAAUUUUUACUAAAAUAUCCACAUUCGAUUUCAAGACAGUUGAGACGGCGAGCGAAUAAAAGAAAAAGGAAUUGUUGGGACAAGCUAUCUCCAACAAAUUGGCAGACCUGAUUAAGAGACUUGCUUUAGGUCCAGUGUGAACAGUGUGGCCGAGUAUCUGUGUGUUGCGACUGAUUGGCGAGAUGACUGCCGAGUGGCUACACCUGCCCCCGCCGUACCCCCCUGGCGUGGGGCCGCUGUGUGGUGCAGAGUUGGAGGCGUGGUAUGAGGACUUGCAGGAUAUUCUUGGCUCCGACACGGGAGGGGCAAAAGUGGCACGUGCCCCUACAUGCACCGAGAAGGAGCCAGAGUUUCUGGAUGUUCUGGAGAGCUGUUCUCUGACAUGGCUGACAGACGGCAGCCAGAUGUGGGGUGAAAGUGUUCAGAGGGCAACAGAGGAGGGCCACAGCAUCCAACCUGUGCAUCACACCUCAUCGUCAUCCUCUUCUUCCUCCUGCAGUCCAGCUGUUGCAGAGGAGUGGCAGGCAGAGGCUGAAAGUGGGAGAAGUGGAAGCAGCACAGCAGGAGGUGGAAGUGACCUGCUGCCUCCAGAGUUCUUUGAGUUGCUGAGUGAAGGAGGAGCAGGAAUGGUGGAUGCGAGUGGAGCUGUGAUAAACGGUGGAUAUUACUAUCACCACCAUCAACACCACCAGCUUAAUCAUGACCAGCCUCCGUCUCCUUCAGCCAGCGAGGAAGAACUUCCCUGUGUCCCAGAUUCUCCAUCCUGCUCUUCCUCAGCCUCCCAGUCGCCAUCUCAGAAUUGUUCCUCUCCCUCUUCACCUGUUUCCUCCCCCUCUGUCUAUCCAACUUCCCGCUUAGGGAAACGCAAGAGGACCACAAGUGAGAGGGCCAACGGUGCCUUGUCCUCCUUCGCCUCCUCCACACAGCGCACGUCCUCAUCCUAUUCGUCUGCCAAAAAGAGUCGGAAAGAAAGAGAGCAAGAGAACGAGAGGAAGGUACAGGAGCUGACGGAGCAGAAUGAGCGUUUGAAAGCAGAAAUUGACAGGCUGGGAGAGGAGGUAAAGAGGACGCGUAGAGCCCUGAUAGAGAGACUAGUCAACACCAGGAAAUGAGAGUAAAGGCAGGAAUAAAGGUGACAGAUUACUUAGAAUUGGCUUAAGCUGAGGUGAGAAAUGUAUAAUAUGAUGAUCACGAAAUGCCUCUUAGAUAGAAAUGAAGCAAAUGAAAACCAAAGACAUAUUUUUAAGUAAAAAGGCUUUUUUUGGGGAAAGACAGAAUGAAAGACAGUCAAAAGCAAAGCGAUGGAAGUUAGGAUGAGAAAAGAAAGGAAAGAGAAGGGGCCGCAACAGCACUGCGGCAAAUGAAAAGACUCAGCAUGUAGAAGCCAAGAACAGACAGCUCUAAGUGCAAAUCAUACUGUGGUUGUGUUGAUUGUUAUGUCAUUGCAAAAGGAUGAAGUGAAAUAACAUUAAGAACGUUUGAUUUGUAUGUAGGACAGAAGGAAGUUCAAUCAAUGAGUGCAUUUCAGCAUCAUGUUAUCACUUUGCAAUAAAUUGUAACUACUAAUUUAAAGGGCUACAAUCUGGCUUGCAGAGAUUAUUUGCCCCGAUUUUGUGUUGAGUUUAGGAGCUCAGGUAAAGUUUGAAAGUGCCCAGUGUGAGUAUGAGAGAAUGAUCCUGUUUUGGUAGAUAAAUCAUUCCCUUUCCUACUUCUUUUUUUUUUAAAUAACCUACGGCUUGUGUGUGUAUGUGUAUCACAAUAAAACAAAUAGAACGGCUAUACUUAAUAAGCUGACCUUUUUCUAACAAUGCAGGAAUUUGUGGUAGAAUUAUUACACAUUCUGCCCAGCUUUACUAUUUUUAUAUAAUGCUGUAAAAUAUACAAUUGUACUGUAAUGGCUUGUACUGUAAUUUGCCACCAUAUCAGCUUUUAUUUUCUCCUUGUCGUCAAAUUAUUAAUUGUGUAAAAAAUAUGCAUGGCUUUUAUUAUUGAUGGCAUCAAAUACAUGUAUUUUACCAUAACAUUUAUUUUAUCCUUCAUUGUAUUCCCAAAUUUGCAAUAAAAGAAAAAUAUGGAAA